AUGUCUGUUAUACAGGUCUCUAUGAAGGUCUCGUUUUAUCGCUAUCAGAGCCAGGCUUCUAAAAGCAACGCAGUGGCAGACAACUUUGGUGUUGGACUAGCUGCGACGUCAAGCAACUUCAACGCGGUUGUUCCCAAAGUCUCCACCAUCCCAUCAGAGGUUCCCGGUGCGGACUACGUCUACGUCAUGUCUGUCCGUACGGGAACCCAGCCUGAUGCCGGCACGGCGUCUGUGGUUGGGCUGAUGAUCACAGGGUCAGAGGGCAGGACAGCCAUGGUCACUCUCAACCCUGCAGGUUUGAUCCUAACCCGAGGUGGUGACACGUACCACAUCAUGACGACACCAGCCUCUAUCGGCGAGCUCCAGUCUGUACAGGUCUGGCACGACAGCUCCGGGAAGGGCGCCAUGGAGUCACUCUUCAUAGACAACAUCACAGUCUGGGACGUACAGACAUCACAAGGGUAG